AUGAAAUCCUCGAACGUGGCUUUUGCAUCGGAGUUGGAUCCGCUUCGGCAUUGCAUACCGAACUGGUUCAAGUGGUUGACUCUGAUAGACAGUCCAUGCUUCCGUGCCAUAGAAAAACGUGGUGAAAACGAUGGUGCCUUAAAGUUUCAGCCUGUUCGUCAGUCUUCCAAACGCUUGGAUAUUUUUAAAGAUUUUGAAGAUCACUUCGUAGAUCUUGAACGGUGUGCCGAAGACAAUGUUGCCCUUGAGCAACAUAUCCGAGAACUCGAGGCCUUCGAGCUAACCAUGGAUCCCAACAACUAUUCCCCCGCCGGAGACCUCGCAACCCCCGGCGACUUACGCGCCUACAUCCUAAACCUCGUCUGUUCCGCCUUCUCCACCAUCAGUCUCACCAAACUCUCCGACCUGCUGCGCUCAUCGCCCGAGGAGUCAGCCGGCCUCCUGACUGCUCAAGGGUGGUCCCCCUCCCCUAAUGGUCUGUUCCUUCAUGCCCCGGAGUCUGCCCUGUCAGCUGCAGCUGCGAAGCCGGAUUCAACCUUCAGCAACGCGGAGCUGAUGUCAAGGCUCACCGAAUUUAUGUGUUUCAUGGAAAACCACUGA